UCCUCGCCCUCCUCCUCCUCCUUCCCCGCUGCAAUCAGGGGAAUAAAUCAGGGAAGAGGCGCACGCACACACACACUCACACACACACACACACAUACACACACGGAUCUGUUACAAAAGUGGCGCUGAUGGCGGCGGAGCCGAGGCAGCCGGAGCCGGCGCUGCGGGAGUAGGGGCGAGCGGAGCGGAGCGGAGCGGAGCCGAGCCCGCGUCCCCCUCGCCGCGUCCCCGGUCGGGCGGUGCCGCUCCGGGCGCGGGCGGGGACCCCGCCGACAGCGCCGGCUCUGCCCCUCGCCGGCCCGGGAAGGGCAGCGAGCCUCGCGGGGGAAGAUGGCUGCUGGCUGGCGGCUCCUCUUCAGCCUCCUCGCACUUUUGCAAGCCGCGGGCAGGACCCGCUCCUCCGAGGGACCCUUCCCGUCCGCCACAACAAUAAAGUCAUGGGUGGAAAAGAUGCAAGAUGACCUUGUAACAUUGGCAAGAACUGCAAGCGGGGUGGACCGGCUGGCUGAGAUUUAUAUGACACACAGAGAUUUGUAUACCGUGGAAGCCAACAAUGCACGCCAGUUGGUGGAAAUUGCAGCCAGAGAUAUUGAAAAACUACUAAGCAAUAGGUCUAAAGCCUUGGUGCAUCUUGCUCAAAAAGCAGAAGAGAUUCAAGCAACACAUCAGUGGAGGGAUGAGUUUGGGAACAAUGACAUCGUCUAUUACAAUGCAAAAGAUGAUCUGAAUGACUCUAAGAAGAAUGAAACAGAGACUAGCAGCCAGAGAAUCAGACCAGUAUUUGAAGAAGAUCCUGUUUUUCGACGACAAAUAUCUUACCAGCAUGCAGCAGUUCACAUACCAACUGAUAUUUAUGAGGGCUCUACAAUAGUGUUAAAUGAACUCAAUUGGACUGCUGCAUUGGAUGAUACCUUCAAAGAGAAUAGAGAAGAAGACCCAACUUUAUUAUGGCAAGUUUUUGGCAGUGCAACUGGCCUCGCCAGGUAUUAUCCAGCCUCUCCAUGGGUAGUUAAAAGUCGAUCUCAAAACAACAAGAUAGACCUCUAUGAUGUUCGCAGAAGACCAUGGUACAUCCAAGGAGCUGCAUCUCCCAAAGACAUGCUUAUUUUAGUCGAUGCGAGUGGAAGUGUUAGCGGACUGACACUGAAACUGAUCCGAACCUCCGUCAUUGAGAUGCUAGAAACUUUAUCUGAUGAUGACUUUGUGAAUGUAGUUUCAUUCAACAAUAAUGCGCAGAACGUCAGUUGCUUUAAUCAUCUCGUCCAAGCUAACGUGAGGAAUAAGAAGAAGCUGAAAGAGGCGGUCUAUAAAAUCAUAGCUAAAGGAAUCACUGAUUAUAAAAAAGGUUUUAGCUAUGCUUUUGAACAGCUGCUAAAUUACAGUGCAUCUAGAGCUAACUGCAAUAAGAUUAUUAUGUUGUUUACCGAUGGUGGUGAAGAAAGAGCACAAGAGAUUUUCCACAAAUACAACAAAGACAAAAAAGUUCGUGUGUUCACAUUUUCUGUUGGUCAGCAUAAUUACGACAAAGGCCCCAUACAGUGGAUGGCCUGCCAAAAUAAAGGUUACUAUUAUGAAAUCCCUUCCAUUGGCGCAAUAAGAAUAAACACACAGGAAUAUUUGGAUGUUUUGGGCAGACCUAUGGUUUUAGCUGGAAACAAAUCAAAACAAGUACAGUGGACCAAUGUCUAUUUGGAUGCACUGGAACUGGGCCUUGUCAUUACCGGAACGCUGCCUGUCUUCAAUCUAACAAAAGACCAAGAUGGAAAAAAAAACCAGCUGAUUCUUGGAGUAAUGGGAGUUGAUGUCUCUUUGGAAGAUAUAAAAAAAUUGACACCACGGUUUACACUCUGCCCAAAUGGAUAUUAUUUUGCAAUUGACCCUAAUGGUUAUGUGCUGCUUCAUCCAAACCUUCAACCAAAGCACAUUGGUGUGGGCAUACCAAAAGUUAAUUUGAGAAAAAGGAGACCCCAUGUCCAGGAGCCUGUGACACUGGAUUUUCUUGAUGCUGAGCUGGAAAAUGAUAUUAAAGUUGAGAUUCGGAAAAAAAUGAUAGAUGGCGAAAGUGGGGAACGGGUGUUUACGACACUGGUCAAGUCUCAAGAUGAGAGAUAUAUUGACAAAGGAAAUCGAACCUAUACAUGGACUCCUGUGAAUAGCACUGAUUACAGUUUGGCCUUGGUAUUACCAUCGUACAGCUUUUACUAUAUUAAAGCCAAAAUAGAAGAAUCAAUAACUCAGGCCAGAUAUUUAGAAACUCUGAAGCUCGAUCACUUUGAUAAAGCCGGCUAUACCUUUAUUGCACCAAGAGAAUAUUGUAAUGAUGUAAAAGUAUCAGAAAACAACACUGAAUUUCUUUUAAAUUUCACGGAGUUUAUGGAUCAAAAUACCCCAACCAGCCCUUCAUGUAAUACUGAUAUGGUCAUUCGAGUUUUGCUGGAUGCUGGAUUUACAGAUGACCUUGCGCAGAAUUACUGGAGUAAGCAGGCUCUUAAUAAUGGAGUUGUUGCACAUUUUGUUGUUACGGAUGGUGGAAUCACUAGAGUGUAUCCGAGAAAGGCAGGAGAAGAUUGGGGUGAAAAGCCUGAAACUUAUGAACUCAGCUUCUAUAAACGGAGCUUGGAUAAUGACAACUAUAUCUUCACCGCUCCAUACUACAACAAGACUGGUUUCAAUACCUAUGAAACAGGUAUUAUGGUAAGCAAGGCUGUGGAAAUAACCAUUAAUGGAAAACUUCUCAAACCUGCAGUUGUUGGAGUAAAAAUUGAUACAAACAGUUGGAUGGAAAACUUUACAAAAACCACAAUCAAGAGCCUGUGCAACAGUGAACUCUGUGGCUGUGAAAGAAACAGUAUGCAUGUCGACUGUGUUAUUCUUGAUGAUGGUGGAUUUCUUUUGAUGUCAAAUCGGGAUGAGUAUACCCAGCAGAUUGGAAGAUUCUUUGGUGAAAUUGAUCCUGGCUUGAUGCGAAAUCUCAUUAACAUGUCAUUAUAUGCAUUUAACAAGUCGUACGAUUAUCAGUCUGUAUGUGAUCCUGAAGAAGAACCAAAGCAAGGAGCUGGCCUUCGUUCUGCAUAUGUGCCAACAAUAGCAGAUAUUUUGCAUUUAGGAUGGUGGGCCUCUGCAGCUGCCUGGUCUAUUUUACAGCAGUUGUUUCUGAGCCUGACUUUUCCUCGUUUCCUGGAAGCAGUGGACAUGGAUGACGAUGAUUUGACGGCUGCCCUGUCAAAACAGAGCUGCAUUACUGAGCAAACUCAGUAUUUCUUUGAAAAUGAUGAUAAAUCCUUCAUUGGGAUCGUAGACUGUAUUAACUGUUCCAGACUUUAUCAUGCGGAGAAGAUUUCAAACACCAAUCUAGUAUUCAUAAUCAGUGACAGCCAAUUUCUGUGCCGCUCUUGUGAUCCAAAACCAUUGAUGCAAGCAGAAAAGCCGGAUGAAGGGCCAAAUCCCUGUGAAAUGGUUAAGCAGCCUAGGUACAGGAAGGGGCCAGAAGUCUGUUUUGAUCAAGCGGAGCAGGAUCAGCCUAUAUGCACAACGAGUCGUGCCUCUGCCAUGAUGUCCGCUCCUAUCUUCAUUUUUCUGCAAGUUUUCAUAUGGUGUGGAUGGAAGAUUCAACAGACUGUGGUGGGGUCUCUGGUCUGAACCCAUCACUUUGGUCUAUGAUUGGAAUCCAGUUUUUCCUGCUUUGGCUGUUAUCUGGUAGCAGACAUUGUCAGUUAUGACCCUGUUAAACCAAAACCUGCAUACCUAAUCAAGACCCUGCCAAAACAUUAGCCCUCAGUUUCAUUUUAAAAGGGGUCAACUAUUCAAACAGCAGAAGAACAGCAAUGCCCGUGACUUGGUAUCACUCUGUGCAAAAGACUCAAAAGGGCACCCACAGUGGCUGCAUGUUGGAGUCAGAUCCUUAAACUUGUGUGAAUGCUGCAUCAUCUAUGCCAUCUGAACAGAAUUUGUGUGUGCUUCAUGGAGGAAUCUUAAUUUGUUGGUUAUGGUAUCAUUGAUGACUUCAUGUAUAAGGGCUCCCCUUAGGUAGCUUAUGGUCAAUAUGAUUUCUGUUUAUUUUGAACUUAACUUUGCAUUUGUUGCAGGCCUUGCAACACUUCUUCAUGAGCACUUGUAAAGAUGAUAGUUCUUGAAUGCUCUUUCUUCACUUUAUUCAGACCCUCACGGCUGCUGUGAACAUCAGUUGUGUCCAGAAUAUAUAAUAGACUCCAGUUCAUCCAAAAUGGUUUAGGGAUAUGAAAAUAUUGGCUAGUUGUCUUCAGAAAUUCACCGUGACUGAAAUGCCUUAUGCUGAGUGGCUUGUUCUGCCAAAAUUAAUCAAAACGGGUGGCCCGCUAAGUUUUGGUAGGUUCUUAAACUGUUGGUUUAAAAACCAAAUAAAGUCAAGCAAGCAAGAAGCUAUGGAAUUUAGACAUAUAAAGGUGCUUGGGAGUUCAAUGUUUUAACAAAACCAGUGGUUUUCCUCUUAAAUUCAGUGUCAUGUCCCCUUCACAAAAAUGUUAAUUUUGAUGUAAUAUUCUCCCGUUUCUUCACAGUGCAGUUACAUAAUGCUAGUCAAAUCCUUCAAAAUGCUCAAACAAAAAACUUGUGAAUAAAAAAAUGUCUUUGUGAUUAUUGAACGUUGGUUUCCAAGGGUAUUUUGCAUGAUGAUGCUGCUACUUUAUUGUUUUUAAGGUUUUUUUUUUCUUUUUGAUGGUAGAGUAUAGUCCAUUGACAAGGUAAAUGAGUGAUUUUUUUUUUGUUGUGUGAGAAACUAAACUUUGCAAUGUGAUGCGAAUAAAUCAUCAUAAAUUAUAUUGUUAAACGGAGCUCUGAAUAUACUGUGCAAUGAAAAAGCUAAGAAAGUAAUUUAGUUGCCUGGUAAAAGAGAUGAGGUGGGUUUUAUACAGAUUAGUGCUCUCAUAUGAAAACCUGUGUACAGAUAUUUUAAGUAUAUAUAAAUCAGAUCUGACGCAUUUAUUUUUGAAGAGUAUAUGUUCUCAAAGAUUCAUACCAGGUUCCCCCUUUGUUUCUACAAUACAGUUGCACCUGUAAUAUUAAACCUCUAGCUGUUGCUAUUUUAUAUUGAAAAUAGCAAAUUUAACAAAACAAGAUUUCCUGGUUGCUGAAAUUAGAACAUAAUCUGAACAAAUGGGGAGCCUUGAAUCUAUAUGUAUGCACAUUGAUCCUUGAUUGUGAAUAAUAAUUACAAAAAAAACAGUUGUUUUUAUACAACCUUGUUGGUGAUACAAAUUGGUGCAGUAAAUUACAAUAUUACAGUGUAGAAUAGUGUAGAUGCAAAAUAUGAUUUGCGCUUUUUUCUAGUUUUCAAAACUAAACAGUAUUGCAAGACAGCUAAACCAAUGAAUGUGCAACUCUGCUGAUAUUGUACAAUUCUGCUAACAGCUGCAAUAUGCAAAUAUUAAUAUGGUACAAUAGCUCUUAAAAAUAACAAAAUGCAAAGCGUUGGUAUGCAUAUGCUGGCAAAUGACUCUGAUAUAAAUUUGAUUACAUCAAAAAUCUUACAGAGAAAUUAUUGGACAUGCAUGAACAUGCCAUGAAAGUUAGAGAAGUUCCUCAAACCCCAUGGUAUGACUUCAACAAUUGAAUCUCUACUUGUAGCUGUGCCCAUAGUUGGUUGGUUGUUUUUCACAUGUACCCUUGGUUCCAGCUGUGUAUGUUCUCAUGUUUAGGAGUUCAAUAGGGGAAACAAUAAAAAACAAACAAAAACCCCUUCCAAUCUUUGUGUUGAAUUAUCACCAUUGGCCUUUUGAUCCCUUUAGUAUAGGCAUAUGAUUAAAAAUAGAACUGACUGAGCUUGGUAGCUCCAGUUUAUGUCCAUUGAAGAUGAGCUGCUUUCACCUGUAUGGAGUGAGGAUUACAGCAAAACUUUCCAGUAGCUGCAAUUCUCUUCACCCUCCCUUCCCCUGCUGCCAAAUGCUAGAUUUUUUUUCUAACAUUGAGGCUCUAUCCUUCAAACCCCCAAACAUGAAAAAACAACAUGCUUAUAGGACUGUAAAGAUCAAACUCUUAAGAUUGCACAUUAGUUUGUAUUUGCUUUUUUUGAUUACUUGAAAGAUCUAUUAAGUGCUUUAUGUUUAAAUAGUUCAACUUAGUUUUCCAGGGGGGAAAAACAUGUAAUGGAAAAGUAAAAUACUUCAACUUUUAGAUCAUGAAUACUUGACUAGAUUUGCUAGCAUGUGUGAGCCAUAUCCUGAGUUACUUAGGAUAGGUACUUAUAGGCAAAUCCCAAAGGGAAGGGUGGUGUAGAACCAUGCUGCCACAGGAGGACCACUGGUACCCUGUGUCUCUGCUCCUAUCCAUUGAAGGUACAAUGCAACCGUAGAUUAGGAAGAAAGGAAUACCCUUGCGAGACUGCAGGAUGGGAAUUUUUCCUGGCCCAGGCAAAGAAGCAGGGGCUCUUUGUAUCUCUCUUGGCCCUCUCUUCUCCUUUAAAGUCAGUGGCAACUGUGCUCUUAAAUCACUCUGGCACUUUUGAUAAUCCCAUUCUUUACAAGUACUCAGUCAUCAAAGCUGGGCCUGUCUGAUGAUGGGCCCAGUAUUAUUUUAUUUUUUAAUAAGGCUUACUACAGAAAAAUGAAGUCUAAGUCUGACUGCUGUUUGCAGAGAGCUGUUUAUUUUCUGGGUAUAUGUAAAUGAUAUCCAAAUGUUUGAAAAUGCACUAUAUAGAUAUAUAUAUAAAAUAUUUAUCUGUGAGAAAACCAAACAAAAUAUGAACAUUACCUUGGCCAAAGUGCUUGGAUCCAUCUUUUAGAAACCACUUCUGUGAGUAGGAAAAGUUUUUUGUUGGUUACAGGGAAGUUUGGUAUGUAUUUUCUCUCAUAUAACAGAGUUUGUGAAAGAACACACUCAAAUCCUUGAUUUUAACAUGGAAAGAUUUUAAAAUUAUAUUGUAAAAAUUGCUUUAAUAUUUUUAGUUAUUAAAUAAGAAGUUGGAUUGGUAUUUGAUUAAAGCCUCUAAACAAGAGCUACAGACAAGCUGUUUGAACUGUAUUGGUUUUACACAAUCAUCUCAUUACCUAAUGUAUAUCUGACAAAUAACCACAAAUGGAGUCAUUUUAGCAUUGUACAAAACAACAACAAAACGGUAUACGGACUUAACAUGAAUGGUUUUUCUCUUCUUUUUCAUUUGAACAACCAGCAUUACUGCCAAAACACAGACCGUGGUCCACAUUUGUAACAGGUUUUUAACAUGACAUAGCGGGUUUGAUUGAUGAGAUUUUUAGGUCCUGUACCUUUAAGACUUUAGUAUGAUCUUUUUCAUAUUUCUAAUGCUUGAGGCUUUAUUGCUUAACUUGACAAGACCAGUGUUGCUGCCAUUUGUAAGUUUUCCUAUAAUAUUCCUUUUACUAACUUUAAAACUGGCCUUACUGGGUUCAAAUAGGCAGUAUCCCUUUUAAGUGACCUUUGCAACCCAAGUGUUACUUGCUGCAUUUAAGAAUUUUCAGUAUCUUUUAAAGGACAUUGAGACCCUGUGUUCCCCUUUACACUGACACUCAGAAAGCUUAAUUAUUAUUAUUAUUAUGUCUUAAUUUUGAAACACUACAUUAAUCCCACCAAUCCUGCACAUCCGGAUGCUAACCUGCUAGUACUUAUGACUUAUGGCAAAGCCCCUGCAAAACUCUGUGAUGCUUCUAGCUUGUCUACUGGAAGUGAUAUGUCAGGAACACUUUCUUAGUAUGAAGUUUUUCCCUAGUUUCAUCAGACAUCUAGGUCUUUAAACCAGGCCAUUUUUUUUUUCCAUGCCACAAUGUUAAUAUUGUUAAUAUUCUGUGUACACUACUGUAAAAAGACUUAGACAAAGUAUCUGAAAACAAUUCAAGAGUUUCAAAGCGUUGGCCUCACCCUAAUACCAGCUCCUUGCAUCUGUGCUGCUUCUGGCUUUCCAAGAAAAGUAUCAUCUUGAAGAAAUAAUUUCACUGAGGCUAAAGGGAUACUGUCUGCUGCAGAUGCCAUGACUUUGCAAUUGUGAUAUGACAAAGCUGUCUUCUCUUGUGUUGUAUGGAAUGUCUGGAUUAUGCUUUCUGGGAUAUUUUUAUUGAAAUGCUCGGUGUGCAUUCCUGCAAAAAAAGAAAAAAACUAAAAGGCUUGACUGCUCUUAGUGGGCAAAAAGGUCUUUUCUCCCUUUUAUUGUGUUCUCUUGACACUUUUGUGGAACUUGACAAGCCUGGGAAAAAUAAAAUUUUGUAAAAAUUUGUACAAUAAUGUUAUAAAAAAGUUUAUAAUCCUAGAAAUGUUGUGUUUAAUUCUUGUGCAAAAACAGUAUAUUCAGAAUAAAAGUUUAUCAUUUAAAAUCAA